UCGCACCGGGCUCGCACGCGCUCUCUCUUAAACGCACAGCGAGUUUGCACACAGGCGCGCGCACCCGCACACUCCCGCGGCACCAGCAUCACAGCGCCCGCUGGCAACUGCAAGGAGAGGGAGUGCGGACAGGUAGGGAGAUCCUAGCUGCUCGGUGCGCGCUCGCCGGCCGUGAGUGGGAGGAGGAGGCGGAGGGCGGUGGUGGGCGGCGAGGUCUGGGGCGGCGCGGGGGACGAAUGCCGGCCGUCCCCGCGGCGGAUCGGGCUGUUUCCUUGGAGCGAUUCCUGGUGCGGUAAGCCCUAGGCGGUGACUGCAAAGUCCGAUCCUAAGGUGGACGGCGACUCCGGGAGGGCCGCUAAUUUCUUCGUUGCUGACGCCACGAAGGUCGGAAUUCUCCUCCCGGCGCCACCCGCGUUGGCUCUCGGUCCUGGGCUGCGAACGGGGAGGCCCACGGCGCGAAUGGAGCUCACCUCUGGCCGCAAGAUUCCAACCUGGGGCGCUUUUCCUGCGAGGAAUGAUGCACUGAUGGGAACUCCUGUAUUAUAACUGUGGUUUCUCCUUAUUCUUCCAGCCGAUCCCAACAAUGUGGCAUCUCAGGCUUAUAGCUUUUCUUUCUGCUUCUCUUUUAUUUAUGCUCCUUCCUUGUGCUAGAGGUGCUGACUUGAACUCCGAUAAGCAAGCCCUUUUAGCAUUUGCUGCUUCACUGCCCCAUGUCAGAAAGCUCAACUGGACCCGCACAACACAAGUUUGUACAUCUUGGGUUGGGGUUACAUGCACAACUGACGGGAAGCGCGUACGUCAAGUGCGGCUACCCGCAAUAGGUCUCUUUGGUCCUAUCCCCAUCGGCAUACUUGGCAAGCUUGAUGCAUUAGAGGUGUUGAGCCUUAGGUCAAAUCGUCUUACGAUUGAUCUCCCUCCUGAUGUAGCAUCCAUUCCUUCUCUGCGCUCUCUUUAUCUUCAGCACAACAACUUGUCUGGAAUUAUACCAAGUUCACUAUCUUCCAAUCUAACAUUCUUAGACCUGUCAUACAACUCAUUCGAUGGAGAAAUCCCAUUGAAAAUACAAAAUAUCACUGAACUGACUGCACUGCUUCUCCAGAACAACUCUCUUUCUGGACCCAUCCCUGACCUUCAUCUCCCCAAAUUGAGACAUUUGGAUUUGAGCAAUAAUAACUUGAGUGGGCCUAUACCACCUUCCCUGCAGAAGUUCCCAGCCAGUUCUUUCUUGGGAAAUACUUUUCUAUGUGGAUUGCCAUUGGAACCAUGUCCAGGAACCGGACCUUCUCCUUCUCCAAUAUCACCAUCGCCCCAAAAUCCCAAAAGAAGCUUCUGGAAAAAGCUUAGCCGUGGUGUCAUAAUUGCAAUAGCUGCUGGAGGAGGGGCAUUAUUAUUGAUUUUGAUUAUCAUCCUCUUGGUAUGCAUCUUCAAAAGAAAGGGAGAUGCGGAGCCUGGCGCAGCAUCAUCUUCGUCCAAAGGAAAGGCUAUUGCAGGUGGAAGAGCAGAAAAAUCCAAGGGAGAGUACAGCAGCGGUAUUCAAGAAGCAGAGAGGAAUAGAUUAUUUUUCUUUGAGGGAUGUUCAUUUAAUUUUGACUUGGAGGAUCUGUUAAGGGCUUCGGCUGAAGUCCUUGGAAAAGGAAGUUAUGGAACUACCUACAAAGCUGUUCUUGAGGAUGGCACUACAGUGGUGGUCAAGAGACUGAAGGAAGUGGCGGCGGGAAAGAGGGAGUUCGAACAGCAGAUGGAGCUAAUUGGCAAGGUUGGCCAGCAUCAGAAUGUUGCCCCGUUACGUGCUUACUAUUACUCCAAGGAUGAGAAGCUCUUGGUGUAUGACUAUGUCCCGCUGGGUAGCCUUUAUGCUGCUUUGCACGGGAAUAAAGCUGCUGGAAGAACUCCAUUGGACUGGGAGAAAAGAGUAAAAAAUGCUCUGGGUGCUGCACGCGGAAUGGCUUAUCUUCAUGCUGAGGGCGGCGGGAAGUUCAUCCAUGGAAACAUCAAGUCAAGUAACGUCCUUAUAUCACAGGAGCUCAGUGUUUCCAUCACCGAGUUUGGCCUUGCCCAGCUCAUGGCCACGCCUCAUGUUCACCCAAGACUCAUCGGAUACCGCGCGCCUGAGGUCCUGGAGACCAAGAGACCAACACAGAAAUCCGACGUCUACAGCUUUGGUGUACUGCUCCUUGAGAUGUUAACAGGUAAAGCUCCUCUUGGGUCCCCCAGUCGCGAGGAUUACAUCGAACACCUCCCCCGGUGGGUUCAAUAUGUGGUUCGAGAAGAAUGGACAUCAGAGGUUUUUGAUGCCGACUUGCUGAGGCACCCGAACAUCGAGGACGAGAUGGUCCAGAUGCUCCAGUUGGCAAUGGCAUGCGUUGCUGCUCUUCCUGACCAGCGGCCUCGGAUGGAGGAGGUGGUCAGGAGGAUCGAGGAGAUCCGUAACUCCUACUCGGAGACAAGGACGUCCCCUGAGGCCUGAGGCAAGGAACAUCACAGCAGUAAAAUAUGCCAUCUAGACAAAAUAGGUUUGACAGUCCCUGCCUGCAAAGUUGACAGCUCUGUGUUUAGUGUGCCCAGUGAAGCUUUGCUGUUGAUUUCUGAUCGUUCUUUAGUAAAUCUAUUUCCCGUUCUUGGUUUCAUGAUGUUAACCCUGGUGAUUGUUUCAUUUCAUUAGCUCUGCUGAUCAUCGUAGGGUGUUAAUUUAUCAUCGUGCUGUGACUCGAUUUGAGACAACUCUUUUGAAGUUUGGUUUGCGGAAUGCGCAUUCUAUUUUCGCCAUCUGCUUUCUGGCCUAUAUAUCCUCGUGGGCGAGCAUCAAUAUUUUGUGUAACGAGAAUGAUCUUA